CAAGUAUAUCACGAGAAUGAAGCAAAUUAGAUAACAGAAGUAAAUCAGAAAACUGUUUAAAAUAGCAUGCUCUUUCUAAAGCAUGAAAGAAAGUUUUUGGCUUCAAAACUUUGACCGUGCAACAUUCUACACCCUCAUUUAUAUCUGUUUCUUACUGUCCUCAAUAAAGGAAAUAAGUUACAUAGGCAUAGUUUCCAUUCAGGCAGUAAAGAUUGGAAGCUGUUGGUAAAAACAUUUAUCUCAAUUAAAGUGAAUGUAAAUUUUUCAUGUUCGGAUGAUAUAGUUUUGUAGAGAAUCAUCCGAUUAAGCAAACCGCCACAAUAUUUUUGUAAUAAAAGUUAUCAUUUCGUUUUAAUUUCAUACACUAAAUACCGAUCGUUCACUUUACCCGCUCCUCCCACUCACUGUUUGCUAAUUCUCCUCCAUAUUACGUAAACAGUGGUCCCACCCGCUGUUUACGUAUCGGCACUGCGCGCUCCCGUGUAGAUUUUCCAUUGCGCAUGCGUUUCUCCUGUUUCCGCUUUUUAACAACAUAGUAUUCAUUGAAUGGGUCUAUUCAAUGAAAACUACCAUUGCGAGUGGCGAAGGACAGGAUCUACUAAAAGCAAACACUUUAAUCCCGCAAAUAACAAACAAACUUUAAUCCCGCAAAUAACAAACAAUACUAUGUCGAGUGUAAGUCAAUUUCUAAUAAAAUAUAUAUUUCAUUCACAAUAUGAACCUAGUUGGUCUCAUCGAUAAAAUAUAUAAGAUAAAGUACCUAUAUACAGAGCCCUUUCAUAUCCGCUAAUCCAAGCGGUACAAUUGUGAGGAAAUGACAGGACUCCGUAUAGAUUUCUAUUGAGACGCCAAAUUUACUUCAAUUGCGCAUGCGCGAAAUGUGCACGAGCUUACAAUAGAUUAGCUUUGCACCGCAAACGAACGCAUGCGCUAUAAGGACGUAUUACGUCAUGGUAAGGGGGUGGGUCCCCCUGUGGUUAGAGCCGUUAUUGGCUAUGAAGACGUCCAUCAAAAACUACAGUAAAGGAGCGCGAAUGCCGGGAGGAGGAUGAGUGCAGAGAAAAUUAUUAGAAGAAGAUGAAAAUACAGGUAACGAUGUAAAAUCUUGGGAAUUGAUGAAUGAAAGUCAGGUUUUUUAUUGACAACUGUUACACAGAUUUUUAGACAGGAGGCUGACUUUACAAUCACUUUAAAGUGUAUGGAGAAUUGUUAUAUUACCACCAGUUUUCAAACUUUACCACCUCAAUGGAAACUAGGCCAUGCAUGGCUAUCCAUAGACUCUAAGACACAGCACUUCAUUGCUGAUAUAUACUGAGCUUACAGUAUAUUUUGCCUAUUUCUACAGUUGUGGUAUUCAACAUUUUCUAAUGAUCCAGUACUAGGUCCUAUCCAACGUUAAAGGGAUACAAAACUCAAAUUUUUUCUUUUAUGAUUCAGAUAGAGCAUGCAAUUUUCUAAUUUACUCCUUAUUAUUAUUAUCGGUUAUUUGUAGAGCGCCAACAGAUUCCGCAGCGCUAAUACAUUUGUCUUCAUUCUCUUGGUAUCUUUAUUUGAAAAAGCAGGAAUAAAAGCUUAGGGGCAGGCCCAUUUUUGAUUCAGCACCUUGGAUAGCGCUUGCUGAUUGGCGGCUGCAUUUAGCCAACAACCAGUAAGCGCUACCCAGGUGCUGAACCUAAAAUGGCUCCUAAGCUUUCAUUCCUCCUUUUCAAAUAAAGAUAAAAGAGAACGUAGAAAAAUUGAUAAUAGGAGUAAUUUAGAAAGUUGAUUAAAAUUGCAUGCUCUAUCUGAAUCAUGAAAGAAAAAAAAUUGGGUUUAGUGUCCCUUUUACAAUUGACUGGCAAAGAAGGAUUCUAGCACAUUUUGUUAUACACUUGCUAAGUCACACCAAGUAUAUAUUACAUUGUGUGUGCACAACUUAUUUUAUCUUAAUACCCUCACAAGAUAUAUAUGCGAGUUAAAAUGGAAAUAAUUUUAUAACAACGUUCUUCAUUUUGUUUUCUAAAUAAAACAGGGGUGUGAUAUUCAUGCUAUGUAUGAACAUUUUGAAGGAUAUAUGUCAAGCAGUUUAAUAUUGUUUUUUAUAUAAACAUAAUUAUGUUGAAUGAUAAUAAAAUAGUAUAAAUGUUUAAGGCACAUGAAACCCAAAAAAAUUUUUUCUCAUGAUUCAGAUAGAGCACUCCAUUGUAAGCAAUUUUCCAUUUUAUUUAAUUUUAUAAAAUUUGCUGUGUUCUCUACUUAUCCUUUGUUGAAGAAGCAGCAGUGCACUGCUGGAAGCUAACUGAACAUAUCUGGUGAGCCAAUGAUAAGAGGUAUAUGUGUGUGUAGCUACCAAUUAGCAGCAAGCUCUCAGUAGCGGACUGCAGCUCCUGAGCCUACAUAGCUUUGCUUUUCAACAAAGGAUACCAAGAGACAAGCAUAUUUGAUAACUGAAGUACAUUGAAAAGUUGCUGAAAAUUGUAUACUCUAUCUGAAUCAUGAAAGUUUAAUUUUGAUUUCAUGUCUCUUUAAUAAUUUAACACACAUUGGAUGUUGUAGGAAAGUUCUUUAACUGUAGUUGCAUAUAAUGCGCACCAAGUAAUUUUGAAUGUUUCUCCUUAUUAAUACAUAUGAACAAGUAUUAACCUGUUUUAAAGCUCUAUACAUUGGUACAACUGCAAUCACACAGUUCCUACUCACCGUGCUAUUGUUUUUCCUCCUCUGCUUGCAUCUCUGUUCAAAGCCGUUACCUUAACCACUUCACGCCAUUAGGACAUUCCAUGUCGCCCUAACAGCGCUGGUUUUUAACGAUGUUAGGACGGCAUGGAACAUCCUACCUUAUAUGACGCCCUGCAGCCUCCUCCUUUGAGUGAAUUGAAAAUUGGACAGGGGGACAUGCAUAGCAUUGUAUGCAGUCCCCCAUGAUCCAAUCCAAACCUUGAAAUCACAUGAACGCAUUGAGGUGAUUUUGUUUUCCCAGCAAGUAUUUACAUUAGAACUUCAUUCCGAUGUUAAACACUUGCCCCAACAUGAAGGGGUUAUUUUAACUCUACGCAAGUGCUGGUUAAUGAAGCUCCACAUCUUCACACUGGGCGUCGCCAUCUUGGAAUUUUUAUGGUUCAGACAGAGCAUGUCGUUUUAAACAACAUUCCAUGUUACUUCUAUUAUUUAAUUUGCUUAGUUCUCUCUCUGUGUUAGCCAGUUAAUUAAAUGAAAAAUAAAAUAACAAACAAAUUGUAGAAGUGAUAUUUUUAUUGACUAACCAAAAAGGAUUUUUUUUUUUUUUUUUAAGGUUUCAGAGCACUAUGGCUCCUUCAUCAGACAUGUUUGUAGGUGAAGAUCAGACAUAUUUAUACAUAUUUUAUAGAAAAUUUAAAAAAAAAAUACAGCCAAUACAUGAAUAAUAAGUAUCUGCCAUGAUCUAACACAGAUGUGUGAAAUUCCUUUGAUUGAAAGAGAUAUAUCAAAUAGGAUAAGUAUGAGGAAAUUAUUUUGUGAUGGGAAAAGAUCUAGGUGUCUGCAAUGAUUCAUGGAGGAAAAACAUACCUAGGUAGCCUGAUAAACUGGGACCUAGCUGCUAAUUGGUGACUGCACAUAAAUGCCUCUAGUCAUUGGCUUACCAAUGCAUUCAGCUCCUAGUAGUGAAUUGCUUCCCCUUCUACAAAGGGAUACCAAGAGAAUGUGGUAAUACAAAUAUAGUGGAAAGUUGUUUAAAAAUGUAUGCUCUCUCUGAAUCAUGAAAGAAAAAAAUAUGUCCAUUUAAGUAUUCUUGCAGCCUGUGACAGAAGUGGUGCACAUGCACAAAUCAAUGAUAUUGUUGUCUUUGUGACAAGCCGUAUCAUACACUGCAGUUUAGCGUGCAUAAUACAGGGUGAAAACUGUACAUUAUUGCAGACUACAUUGCUCUAUAUUAUUCAUGAUUAUAUAUAUAUAUAUAUAUAUUUGUUUUUUUUAACUGUUAAACUGUAAAAAAAAUAAUGUAACCUGCUUCCUAUUGAGUGUGCAAACCCAAAGUGCAUGUUACAGCUAUCAAAAGUCGAGCAAUGCCACUGUCUGUGAAACCAAACUGAUUCUAUCCCAGAUUGCAACAAUAUGUAUACAGAUGCAGAACUUUGUCAACUGGCUUCUGUAAUGGGUUAAAGUAAGAGAAUACGAUCAUUUCAGGUACAGAAGGAAAACCAAUAGCAUUGUGAGUAGUAACCAUGCUGCUGUAGCUGUACUUAACAGAUUAAUUUCCCUUUUAAAUAGUACAAAUCAUUUAAACUAUAGUUAUUUUUACAUAAGGCCGUGUUAUUAGAAAUCAGUUGCAAAUGUUCUAGCUUGAUGGCUACCAAAGUUAAGCGUUUUCUUUGUUAGGGCUGUUAUCCUGCCCUAAUCAGUUUUAAUAUUGAGAUAGCACCACUGUUGCUUAGUAGACUUGCAUUUGACUUUAGACAAAUGCCAUCAUUAAUACAUUUUUGCUAUUUUGUUUGUUAUGCAUCAUAAAUACAAUAAAUUACCUGUCCCUUUUUAGAGUCAACAAAAAACAAAUGCAUGCAAACAAGAGAUUUUGUUUAUUCGUUCAAACAGUUAAAUCUGUUGUCUUCACAAACUAUUCAAUAAAGAUCCUUCAAUGUCUUUGAUUUUGUUCUUGGCCAGUUCGAGCCCCAUUAGAAAGUAGUGUGAUAAAGGACUCUGCCAGUAUACACCAAUGUUCAUAUAACUGCAUGUUAUAGACACUACUAUAAAGAAGAAUAUACAGAUACCGAUAUAAAAAUCCAGUAUAAAACCAUUUAAAAACUUACGUAGAAGCUCCUAGUUUAGCACUGUUGAUGAGGUUAAGGCUGGGACACCCAAUGAAAGGGGCUGAGAAAGCAGGAAGAGCAGACCCCCUCCCCAACAUAUGAAAAGACGAGCAGGAUUCUGUAGACUUCAGUCUACAUCUGAUACUUCGGGGCUUGGUUAUGAGUAUGAAAAUCGGUACAAUUUUAUUAAAAUAAAAUAAGCAAAACUAUACAUUGUUACAAAAACAUUCCCAGAUGUGCUAUAGAAAUGUAUCAUCUACACAACAUUUAUGCAAAGAAAAAUGUAGUGUAUAAUGUCCCUUUUUUAACUUGCUGCUUGAUUGCCUUGCUAUGGCCAUUAUACACACGCAAUUAGAAAAAGAGAGCGGUGAAAGAAAAGCGGGGAGAGAAUAACUGAAGAGGAGAAAAUAUGGAGCGAGAGAGGGUUUUGUGCAGCUGGCUUAUAGCAGUAGCUCUAGUUACCCCUUUAAAGGGACAAUAAACACCUUGAAAUUUGUAUAUAAAAUUUUUCGUUAUGCAUAAUGAAACAGCUUUGCAAUAUAUUUUUUAUUAAUUUUGCCUAAUUUUCAUGUUAUUAAGCUCUGAACAUUGAGCAAUUUCUAAUCCUCUGCAUUUGAAAUGCACCUGUUGACUUCUCAAGGCUAACCCUGCUAAAUAUCUUUCCCUAAUUAACCUUAACUGAUAACAACAACAAAGCACUCUAUGCUAACUGUAUGAUGGUGACAAGCCUUGUCUGUAUACAUAAACCCAGAUAUACUCCUCCAAAAAAGGCAAAUGAUGGGUGGAGUUUGGAUUUUGAAAAAUAAUUGCAGUAAAAGGAUGUUAAUGUGUUUUAAAAACAAUAAGACUUGAUUGAUCUGUUCUUCUAUAGAAACUCAACAGAACUGUUUACUGCCCCUUUAAUUGAUUUUAUAAACAUAUUCUGAAUGAUUGCCUAGGCAAAUAAAUUACUAAAAUGUUUUCUUUACUAACAAUAUGUCUGGAACACAUUUCAGUCCUCCUUGCAAACAUCCGUUGCUCAGGUCAGUACAGCUACGUUAAAAUCUUUGCAAGUCAGAAUGUUCUUUUAACCCAUUGACUGAACCCUCUUCAAAAUGGGAUUACCACCAUCCCAAGCACGCCAGCCACAUUGUUGUUAAUUCCUUAGGGCAGCAGUACAUUACUUUGCAGUGUGGUAUAGUUAUUAUCUGGAGUAACCCAACUUCCUUACUUCACCUUAGUUCCACACAUUAAAGGGACAGUGUACUGUUAAAUUGGCUUCUCAUCAAUGUGUUUUCAACUACUCUUUAUACCAGCUGCAGAAUUUAAAAUAUCUGGGGAAUUGUUCCUUUAGGUAUAUUUUUGUAUAUAAAAUAAUAUUUAUGAUAAUUAAAACCAUAGCCCAAUGCAAAGGGCUGAUCUUGCAGGGAGAGAAUACCUCAUUAUCUUAUCUGUCUAUUUAUACAAAUUCCUUAUCUUCUUUAUUUCUGUUUACUCAGAAGAACAAUUAAAAAUGAACAUUUUAGUACCUCUCUGUCACAGAAACCAACUGGGAGCAUUAUUUUAUUUAAACCUUGUUAACAUGUUUCUUUUUUUUGUAACUUAAAGGAAUAGUAAAGUCCAAAUUAAACUUUCAUGAUUCAUAUAGGGCAUGUAAUUUUAAACAACUUCCUAAUUUACUUUUAGCAUCAAAAUUGCUUAGUUCUCUUGUUAUUCUUAGUUGGAAGAUAAACCUAGGUAGACUCAUAUGCUAAUUUCUAAACCCUUAAAGGCCGCCUCUGCAUUUAAGUUUUUCAUAGCCAGAGGGCGUUAGUUCAUGUGUUUCAUAUAGAUAACAUUGAGCUCAUACACGUGAAGUUAUUUUAAAGUCAGCACUAAUUGCCUGAAAUGCAAGUCUGUCAAAAGAUCUAAGAUAAGGAGGCAGACGCUUAGAGACAUAGUAAUUACAGAGGUAAAAAGUAUAUUUCUAUAACAGUGUUGGUUAUGCAAAACUGGGGUAUGGUAAAUAAAGGGAUUAUCUAUCUUAUCAAACAAUAACAUUUUUGGUGUUUACUAUCCCUUUAAAUUCAGAAAUAAAGAUGGUGAUACAACUGUAAAAAUCAGCUAUUUAAAAUAAAAGUGAAGGAGCUGUUUGUAUACAAUUUAAUACACUCCAGUAGGGGGAAUGGAUCAUUGUGACACCACAAAGCAAAUAAUCCACUCCCUUGUUAUCUACCGAUUUGACUACUGCAAUAACCUACUCUCUGGCCUUCCUCUUUCCUGCUUCUCCCCCCUUCAGUCCAUCCUAAAUGCCUCUGCCAGGCUGAUCCACCUUUCCCGUUGCUCUGUAUCUGCUGCACCUCUCUGCGAGUCCCUUCAUUGGCUCAUCAUUCACAGCAGAAUUAAAUUCAAAAUUCUCACCCUUACAUACAAAGCUCUCACCAACGCUGCUCCCCUCUAUCUAUCCUCUCUAAUAAACAAGUAUACUCCAGCCCGCCCACUAAGAUCCAACAAUGACCUGCUCCUUGCAUCCGCAACUAUCACCCCUUCCCAUGCUAGACUGCAGGACUUCUGUUGUGCAGCACCUACCCUCUGCAACACUCUCCCUUGUGCUGUCAGGCUUUGCCCUAAUCUUUCUUCCUUUAAAUGCUCCCUGAAGACUUUUCUGUCCAGGGAAGCCUACCACCCAACUCAAUAAUAAAUGAAUUUCACUUACCUAAUAUUUCCCUCAUCUAACUCUGUAUUAACAUCCUCAAUCUUGCAGUCCUCAUCUCCUGUUUCUCAACCUCCUACACUGCUAGAUUGUAAGUUCCAGAGGCGUAACUAGAAACCACAAGGCCCAGGUGCAAGAAUCUAAGAAGGGCCACCCCACCGCCCCUCCCCCCUCCAAAAAAAGGUGAAUUUAAUACAUUUUUUUUUUUUUACAUUUAACACAGAAAUAAAUGUGAGUCAGAUUACAUGUCUGCAAAAGGAGGUACCCUGUGCUCACAGUCUGUGAGAUGGUCUGACCCCUAUUACUGUAUAUACUGACACUGUUUUACCCACCAGUACUGUAUAUAGUAAGUUAGUGACACAGUCUGUAAUCUGCCGGUGAGAUGGCUGGCCUGACCCUACCGCCCAGUACUUUAUAAAGUGACCACAGUAGUCAGUGACAUGGUCCACCCCCAUACUGUAUAUAGUGGUAUUGUAUAGUGACACUGUUUACCCCCUGCCCCCCCAUGCUGUAGUAACAAGGUCUGUAAUUUGCUGGUUCCACAAACAUACACACACAUACAUGCAUAAAUACACACACAGUCACAUACACACACACCAUACACACAAACAUAAACACCAAUGGGUAAAACAGAAACACUAACCCCUGUAGUCAUGUCACACUCACAUGAUAUCAGUGCAGGCAGUGGUAGGUUAACGUUUUUUAUUUAAAAAAAAAAUUCUAAAAGCACCUGCGUCCUCUGCACCCCCUGUAGUUUCGCCCCUGGUAAGUUCCCACAGGAAUAGGGCCCUCAAUCCCUCCUGUAUUAGUUUGUAAAUGUUGUCCUGUCUCUUACAAGUCUUGUAUUGUUUUAUUUAAAUUAAUUGUAUCCAUGGACAGCGCUGCGGAAUAUGUUGGCGCUUCAUAAAUAAAGUAUAAUAAUAAUAAUUGUGAACACAUUACAGAGGAGAAAAUAUUAGAGUACACUGUCCCUUUAUCUGCACUAUUUCACUGAAUGUGACAAUCACUGCACAGUAAUGAGGUGUGCUAUUAAGUACACAUUUUGGUCGUAAUGUGAAGCUAGCAAAGCCUCUAAUUUAAAAGGCAGCUCUGAGAGCUUACAUAGUAGUCGUUCUCAGUGUUUAAAGGUUUGUGCCAGUGUAGGUAACAAAGGUAUAAUUAUGGAAAUAAGGCCCUGCUCUGACUGGAGCCACAAAAUUUGAAGGAAUCCAUUUUGAUUUAAAUUUAUGUUAAUGAGACAUUUUACGUAUGUGAAUUAGCACUUGAAAUUGAUGCAGCAUAUAUGUAAAAUGCUGACUAUAAAUAUCACCUGGACUGUGUGGUUUCUACAGUAAACACAUACCAUUGUAGAGAGAUUUUAUGCAUCAAAUUCUUAUGCUUCUCCUGGGGCUAUCAAGUGAGCUUGCAUCGGGCAUGUGCAAGCACAAGUAAUUAACACAAAGUCUCAGUGAAAUCCAGCAAGAUUAUGGAGGAAUCACACAAGCAAAGUGUGUAUUAAACCCGAAUGAUGUUGAUUGAAUGUUCUUUUUUUUUUUGUCACCACACAGAUGAAAAUAGGUAGAAAAACUAAUUGGUAACUGCCUACUAAGUAUUUCCAUCAGUAUGUUGCCCUUAGUUUUAUUCCAAGAAAAAAAAAAAAACAGAUUUACAUCAAAAUCUUUCUCAUGGCUGAUUCUGGGAUAAAGGAAAAUUUUAUUUUGAGUAACGUCACGUUAACAAAGUUUGUUUCUUGGUAAAGUUAUAUAAUUAUGAAAAUGACUGGCUAGUUGCUUUUAGCUAAAAUAUUUGUAUUCCUAGUGUGUUGUGUGUUUUCUCCACAUUAAUAACGCUGCGUAUAUUCCCUUCCUAACAGUACUUAGGGGUUCAUUUUUGGGAGCAAUUCCCUCAUAUAGCAGGAAAAUAGGUGCUGCACUCUGCAUUAUGGGUAUUUUUAUGGGCUCUCUUUCUAAAGGAACACAUUCUUUUAAGUUAAACUUUAAUGAUGUUGCUUUGUACAAACAUGUGUGCAAAGUUAAGUUAGCUUUCUACAUUUUAUUACACUGAUUAUCUAAUUACAAUGAUUAAUUAUUGUCUUGCACCUUUUAGCUGUUUUCUUUAUCAAGACUCUUCUAGUGGUUUCUUAGCUUGAAUUUAUCGCAACAGUUAUUUUAUCAUCUAUCAUCCAUAUAACAAAAAGAAGUUUGCUAUGUUUUGAAAUAAUGGAAACUAAAUACAUGAAAUAGGCAAAAAGUAUUGUUCCAUUUAUUGCUCGGUUUCUAACAGAAUAUUUCCUUCAGCUUUGAAAGAAAGCUUUACAUGUCCAUUACGAGAAAACUAAAUUGUGAUUAGUAAAGUACAUUUGCUAUUUCAAAAUAUUUGAUAUAAGAAUACAAAUUUUCAUGAUCUGGAUUUUUCAGAGUUCUAAUUUUCAAAAGGCAUAAAGAAAAUAGGCCAGAAUACAACAUUCACAUCUGCUCACCAUGCAUUCUUAAUAAGAGUUCUAUUAGCUGUGUUGGAUGGGAAUAUUAAAAUUCAUUGGAAAUUUCAACAGUUACAAUAAAGCAGCAAGAAAAAAAGAACUGUGUUAAUGUUAUUCAUUGUUAAUGGUUAAAAUGUGUUGUCACUGUUAUUGCUAUGUUUAAAAAUAAGAUUAAUUUUCAUAUUAAUAAAGUCCAAGCUGUGAACAAGUGUAAA